GUCAUCAUGUCUAUGCUAAGUAUCCUUCGCGAACCUGCCUAUGCAACGGGGAUCGCCGUUGCUUCUUUAACCUUGGCUCUGCUCCUCGUUCGCCGCUCACGCCAUUCUGGGAGGGAACGAUGCACCAUCCCGGGACCCAGACCUUUGCCUCUUCUCGGGAACGUAUGGGGCUUGAGUGUCAAUGCGCCUUGGCUAAGCUAUAAGAGGUGGAGUCAGACUUAUGGCAAGAUCUUUCGAACCAGUCUACUCGGGCUUGAUAUUGUCGUGGUAAACGACGAGGAGGUAGCGCGGGAGCUUCUUGACCGGAGGUCGAGCAAGUACUCGGGGAGGAUGUGGUUCCCAACUACCGAACCAUACGGAUUCGGCUUUGUAACCACCACGAUUGGCUACACGGACGAAUGGCGUGCUCACCGCCGAGUUCUACACCAUCAUUUUCGAGCAGAGGCCGCGCGCGACUAUCGUCCAAUGCAGAUACGCAAGGCGCAUCAGCUUCUAGCCAAUAUCUUGGAAUCACCUACCGACUAUAAAGACCACAUACAAACAUUUUCAACGUCAAUCAUCAUGUCUGCUCUGUAUGGCUAUCAGGCCCGACCUGUCCGUGACCCUCUGGUUGAGAAGAUCAAUCGUACGCUCGAUAUUCUUGUUCAGGCCGGCUCACCGGAGAAGGCUGCCCUAGUGGGAUUCCUGCCAUUCGUGAAAUACAUACCCCCAUGCCUUCCCGGUGGAAGUUUGAACGCCGCUAGUUGCAGGGAAAGCUGUAGUGCAUUCACUGAUGAACCUUUCCAUCAUCUUGAAGAAACAAUCGAGCCAGACUCAUCAGUAUGGACUGUAGGUUAUCAAGGGGUCACCGAUGUUAUGCAGUCGCGAUCGAGUAAUCCAGGCGGCUUGCAGCUGGUUCAGGAUGUCUGCGGUGCAGCAUUUGCGGCCGGAGCAGAGACGACAUCUUCAACUCUCCUUGUCUUUGUGCUCGCGAUGGUAUUGAAUCCCGACGUGCAGAAACGUGCCUACGCCGAUAUAACUCGUACCUGUGGGAAUGAUAGACUGCCGACAUUCGAAGAUAGGUUAUCUCUCCCGUACAUAGAGGCCAUUGUACGAGAGACGCUGCGUUGGUAUCCAGUAGCUCCCCUGGGCAUUCCUCACAGCACAACCGACGAUGAUAUAUACGAGGAUCACUUCAUACCGAAAGGCACUACCGUGAUGGUGAACGUCUGGGGUAUCUGUCGGGAUGACACCCGUUUUCGUCGGCCAUCCGAUUUUGUUCCAGAACGCUUUCUGAGGAAUGACGGAACAUUGAAUGAUGACACGAUGGAUUUUGUCUUUGGGUUUGGUCGGCGUAUUUGUCCAGGGAAACAUCUCGCCGGUGCCUCGCUCUGGGCAGCGAUCGCAUCCAUGCUCACCAUCUUUCGCUUCGAAAAGGCAAAAGAUGCGAACGGUGUCGAGAUAGACUUUGUGCCAGAGUGGUCGUCGGGUUCAACGUCAUAUCCGAAGCCAUUUCCUUGCUCUAUCUUACCCAGUUCUACCGGGAUGAACAUGUCUCGUCUAGUACAGCUGUGACACGCUCUCAGCACGCGCUACGCAUUCCUCAUUUGUGUCUUCAUCGUUCCUGCAAUAAGACUUUAUGACAAACUCAGUUAUCCUCACGAUAAUGAAGUCUGGCUUAU